CAUUGGUGCCUUCCUAUCCCGGUAGUGAGGAGGUGUCCCAGGCGGGGCUAUAAAUGCCAUGAACUGACGCCGGCUUGCCUCCCGCCCUGCCUGUCCUCGGCUGUUUCGUUUGAGCUGUCGGAUCGCUGGCAUUCCCCAUGGCAUGUCCCUUGGAGCAGGCACUGGCUGUGAUAGUCUCCACCUUCCACAAGUACUCGGGGAAGGAGGGGGACAAGUACAAGCUCAGCAAGCAGGAGCUCAAGGAGAUGCUUGUGAAGGAGCUGCCCAGCUUCAGCAGACAAACCAAUGAGGCCAGCUUACAGCAGCUCAUGUGCAAUCUGGACAGCAACAGUGACAGCGAGGUGGAUUUCCAAGAGUACGUGACCUUCCUGGCCUGCAUGGCCAUGAUGUGCAACGACUUCUUCCAGGACUGCCCUGACAAGAUGCCGCGCAGGAAGUGAGCAUGGGGCACUGGCCUCGGGGCUGCAUCAUUGCUCCCAUGACCCUUUUGCUCUUUCAAUAAAGGUGGCUUUAAACAAA